UAAGUUGCUUUCUUGAAAGGCUAAAUACGUCACAUUUCCCGGGCAUUUCGCCUCAAAUUAAGACACCGGUUAUUCCCCCUAUUCUAAAUAAAUCAACAUAGUACUCUAUAGUUACUCGUACGACGUAGCCAUAAUUGAAUCUUUAAAACAGACCAACAUACAUACACAUCGAAACGAGUCCAUGUCAGGUUACUGUCCAUUGUCAUACAUACAAAUGCAUCAGCUAGACUUAGCGGACUAGUAAAGUAAAGAAGUUUAUUAAGCUCUUCUUCCUUUUUUUUUUUUUUUCAAUUCUUGGGUAUUUGUGUGUACAAGAUCAUGAACCAAGAAAUGAAUGGCGUCGAGGAUCAGAAACAUCAGCAGCAGCAGCAGCAGCAGCAGAAGCACGAGGAUCAAAUGAUGAAUCGUGUAAACGGGGUUCAUCAUAAUUACGAUGAUAAAAUAGACUAUGUGUUUAAAGUGGUGGUGAUUGGUGACUCUGCUGUUGGGAAAACUCAGGUGCUUUCAAGGUUUGCUAAGAAUGAGUUCUGUUUUGACUCAAAGUCCACAAUUGGUGUUGAGUUUCAAACUAGGACUGUUUCUAUUCAGUCUAAAGGGGUUAAGGCUCAGAUCUGGGACACUGCUGGCCAAGAAAGGUACAGAGCUGUGACAAGUGCAUACUACAGGGGAGCGCUAGGAGCCAUGUUAGUUUACGACAUAACAAAGAGACAGACAUUCGAUCAUGUAGCUAGAUGGGUCGAGGAACUCAGGGCUCAUGCUGAUAGCUCCAUUGUGAUCAUGUUGAUCGGUAACAAAGCUGAUCUAGUUGACUCGAGGGCAGUUCCAACUGAAGACGCGGUUGAGUUUGCAGAGAGGCAGGGGCUAUUUUUCUCUGAGACAUCAGCUCUUAGUGGCCACAAUGUGGAGUCAGCCUUCUUUAAACUCUUGGAAGAAAUAUUCAAUAUGGUGUCAAGGAAGACUUUGUUGGUGGAUUCUGGUGCUAAUGGAAAUCACACCACAGAGACUAAUAAUGGGUUGCUUAAAGGAUUGAAAAUUGAUGUUAUUUCUGGUCCUGAUUUUGAAGUUAGUGAGAUGAAGAAGUUAUCUUCUUGCUCUUGCUAAUGUUACUAGCUUUGUGGUGGGGUGUUACCAUGUAUUUAAACAAAAAAAGACUAAUGAGAGAUAAAUAUGGGGUGUGCAUGUGUCAAAAAUGUGCUUUUAUAGUGAAGGUUGUCAAGAAGAUUAUUGCUCUCUUGGCCUUAUAUAUAGCUAGUAAUUAGAUUAUAUGAGGAUGUGGAGUGGUUGUUGAUCAAUAUUUUUGGUUGCAAUUGAUUCUGCAAUGAAACUAAUCUGCAUAUUAAUAUGUA